AGAAAACAAUAACUUUAUACCAAAGAGAAAUGAAAUGUACCGGAGGCAGCAAUUUCUCUCCCGUGCUACUGUAACAGCACCACAUUCUUCACACCCGGUUUCACAGGAAAAUUGCAAGCUAUCUGUUUACUGACGCAUGCUCAGGGAUAAAUCCUGCUCGUCUUCUUUAGGUGAAUGAGUAACUCUUAUUUAAAUGAGCAGUUUGGCCAGGGACAGAGUUACCACGCAGUUUGUGACCCACCUCCUCCUUUGCUCAGGGCGCAUCUUUUCGUGUCCCCUCUCCACUUCGCCGCUCCAUCCAUCCCCGCUUGUGAAGUCUCAGGCAAAGGGCAAAAAGAUUGCAAGCUUCAUUUUCGAUCUCUCUUCAUAAGGUGGAUAACAUCACAGUUAUGAUUAAAACGAGACCUGGUGUUUUAACAACCUGUCAAAUUCGUCUUAAAAAUCGCAGCGUGUCUGAACUCAAGAUAAAGCCUGGGGAGAUCGUGACUUUUACCUUCAGUUGUGGUAAUCCGGAGAAGUAUUUCAUCAUGGAAAUUCAGAAAAAUAUUGACUGUGUGUCAGGCCCGUGUCCCUUUGGAGAUGUUUACCUUUACCCACCGGGGCUACCUCGCCUUAACAGGACUUUCAUCUGGGACGUGAAGGCCAGUACAAAGGCUGGACUUGAACUGAAAUUUUCUACCCCGUGGCUAAGACAGAUUGAACCAGGAGAGAGGUGCCCCGAUUCCAUUAGCUACAACAUCAACAGCUGUAUCGAUAUGGCCACAGUCAACAUUGGCACCUUCUGCAGGAACGGCUCGGUGUCUCGCGUCAAGCUGCUGGGAGGAGUCGUCAUGUCUCUGCACCUCCCAUGGGACUCAUCUCUCAACAGCUCGGGCUUCAACAUAGCUAACAGGGCUUCCAUAAAACGGUUAUGCAUUAUUGAAUCCAUUUUGAAGGGAGAGUCUUCAAUCACCCUGAUGUCCCCAAACUAUCCACUGGGCUUUCCAGAAGACGAGCUCAUGACGUGGCAGUUUGUGAUUCCUUCCAACAUGAGAGCAAGCGUCUUUUUCCACAACUACAGCCUCUCCAACUGCGAAAGGAAAGAGGAGAGGGUGGAGUACUACAUCCCCGGCUCCCUCAGCAACCCAGAGGUGUUCAAGCUGAGCGACAGCCAGCCUGCCAAUAUCGCUGGCAGUUUCAACCUGUCCCUGCAGGGCUGCGAUCAGGAUGCUCAGAACCCGGGCAUCCUCCGCUUGCUCUUCCAAGUCAUCGUUCAGCACCCGCAGCUCGAUGAGAAUGUCACCCAUUUGGUUGACCUGAGCAAGGAAUGGAAUAUGACUGUAACGAUACACUUCGAAGGGUGGCCCAGCCACAUCCCGCUCAUGUCUGAACCAAUAUGCCUUAUCUGUAAGGAUCCUCGCACCUGCGACCGCGUCAUGACUUUAGUGUCUGGCACUGUCUACAAGAUCUCCUUUCUGUGCAAGGACUUGUCCCGUCUGAGGAUCACAGCUGAAAAAGGCAUAAGCUGUGUUGAUCUUCGGUGGUGUCAGAAGAAGAUCUAUUCCCUUUCGGUGCCCAAGGCUAUUACCCAAUUGCCGAUUGGACUGCAUAAGUUUAUUUGGAGGCUCUUGGCUCCUGAUCUGAUCAACAUAGAAAUUACAUCUCCGUCCUUGAAACUUCAGCAGCACAUCCCAGAGCAGAGGUGCAACACAAGCUACAGUUACGGCAUUGUUAGUGCCACCUCAGAGACGGAGUUGAAUGUUGGUGUAUUCUGUCCUGGUGGAUCCAUAGAAAAGAUUCAGAUGAGGAAUAAUGUCACCAUAUCCUUAAAAACAUUUGGUAAAGGAUUCCUCAAUGAGUCUAACCAUCAGGAUCUGAAAAUGUCUUUUGUGCCACAUAUUAAAGAUGAGUGCAUUUUCACUGUAAGUCCAGAUCCAAAAGCUAAAGUUUACUUGCAGACUCCCAACUGGCCAUACGGUCUACCUCCUUAUGUCUCCAUAUCCUGGCACGUCAUCGUGCCCAGUAAGCAAGUUGCCCACCUAGGGUUCUCCAAGGACCGCAUGGGCAUUGCUUGUGAGACGGGCCGUGCCUAUGUCAACAUAAAGGAAGAGACAUCGGGGGCAGAGGAAACUGUGCGCCGUGAGGAUGAGCUUCUGCCCGAGCCCCGAAAUAUGUAUCACGACUUCUGGGUAAAUGUCUCCAACUGUAAACCUGUGGAUAAGACGCAGCUGACCUUGCAGUUCUGGGUGACUUUUGCUGACAAGCAGAUAGACCUAGGAGUGAUACUUGCUGUGGUGGCUGGGGCUGGAGUUCUCGUGGCUAUUGGACUCACUGUGUGCUGCGUUAAGAAGAAGAAGAAGAAAAGCCAGAAUCCCAUGGUGGGAGUGUACAAUUCUAACGUGAAUACCCAGGUGCCUGGAAAACGAGGCUUAUUCCCAAAAGAGAGGAAAAACAACGAGUCUCAUGUCUAUGCAGUUAUUGAUGAUGCUGUGGUCUACGGGCACUUGCUGAAGGAAUCCAAUGGCUCAGUCACUCCAGAAGUUGAUGUGUACCGGCCUUUUGAUGGACCUGUUGGUAGCUUGCCACCUUCUCCACCUCCAUUCUCCUUUAGAAAAGACAUUAAACGCUCUUCUAUCACUGAGGAACCUCCACCUCUGAUGGACACAGACCAUGACACUUACACAUUUGCUCAUCAGAAAUCAGGACAACCAGAGGACAAUGGAGAUACAAAUGAAAAGUAUAAUGGAGAUACGAGCAUGUCCUUGCUGGAAAAUAAGGAACAGGAUGGUUUAGUGGAGUAAUUCUAUGCCAGGUAUAGCAGUUUCCUGUGGAAUACAGGUGACCAUAAGGACAAGGGUCUAGGAAAAAAAAGAUUAAGAUGAGUGGUGUUAUCAAAUGUGUUUUGAUGUUGUUUUAUUUUGUGUAUGUGUUUGGUUGUUUGGUUUUUUUAAACUUCAGCUGUUGAUAGCUUUCAGUUUGAGUGAACAUCUAGCAAACUCAAACAGUUGAGACACUCCUGGACUGCACGCAUUUCUGGUUGUGAAACAGGUGGCAAAGGUAUGCUCCUGCUUUUUAUUAUUAAGCCAUCAGGAAAAUAAAUUCCUAACUUCCAGCUUAAAUAGACGGGGGAAAGUGUUUUGUCCAGUAUCUCCUCCUCUCUCAAGUCAUUUUUUUUCCUGAGUGUUGGUUGGUGAUUCCUGGAAGGUGUAGGCUACACCACCAUCUCAAGGCAGCUCCAGGUUGCACAGUUGUCUAAGCAAUCUGCUAAUGUCUGAGCAGAGGAGGGGAUGCUGUCAUUUCCACUACUUGCUGCUUGAAAAUUCAUCAUAUUUAGCAUGCUGGUGGCUGUGCAAGUAUAGUGAAAGACCACGUAAGCCUCCUGGAAGAGCACUGUGUGUGUAAAUCAGUGUGAAGGCUUGAGCUUGGGCUCUUCUAGUUCAGAAGUUAUGGGCUUUCUCUAAUUUCCAUCUGAUGUUGUUAUACUCGGAUAGCACUGUGUGAACCUACACCAUAACUGUAUUUUCUCUGCUUUUUUUACAAAAAACAUUUCAAAAGUCUAAACCAAUUUGUGCUUCUGUUCAGAUGCUUGUAGCAUUCAUAUUUUACUAAUAUCUUGUGCUUUUGACUCAAGUAAGAGUAAGGAUUCAAUGAAGAAAUAAUGGUGUGGUCAUCCAGCUGUUUACUAAUGCUUUUCACUUCACCUGUUAGAGAUGCUUGGUUAAUAAGGAUUAAAAAAGAGGGAAAGAAAACAUUGUUUCCAGCAGGUGGUUUCUCCGACAUGCAAAGAAUGAGAGUCAAUCCAUAAGGAAAGCCUAGAUUUACUUUUUUUAAUCAGUCUGAAUUUAACAACCAUGUUGAAAUGAUGGUGGGGACAGCUCUUGAUUUCUAGCGGGACUUACUCUUCAGUCAUCUAGCUGCCUUUGAAAGCCACCUCUUGAAAUGAGGUAAAAUAAUAGGUCUCACUUUUAAAUGCUGUAGUUACCAUGCACCUCAGUUUCUGUGCCUCUUAAAACUUGAGGGUCAGAUCUUCAUGCAGAGGACUACGGGUAUUUGAAUAAAGUUACUUUUUAUAUACAAACAUCUGGCUUGUCCGUGUGUGCAGCACUAGACCCAAUGACUUGAGAAUUUCUCUCCAAAUGGUUUAUCGUGACUGUUUCUUGUCUAAGGAUACACGGAAGGGCCAUAAAACUCUUAAAACAUGUUGCACGGCAAUAAUGUUAAACAUAUAAUAAUAAUGUCUAAAAUGAAAAUGUCUUUAUUAGAAACCUUACUGUUUACAUCAAAAAAGAAUGUGGAUUUCUUCCUGUGUUAACUAUGCUGACAUUGCAAAUCGACUAUUUAUGUCAAGUGUGUGUAUUUAACAGUGUAUACCAUUAUGCUGCUUGGACCACUACAAGAUUCAAUAUAAUGGUGUAUCUGACUUGGUUUUCUGUAGCAUAUAGGAAAACACGUGCCAGCUAAAAGUGCCUUUUAAUUGUUUCAGGUAUUUUUCUGCUUAUGUUUAUCACUUUUAAUAUAGAAAUGUGUAUUCCUACAUCUCUGGCUAGUCACUGGGAUCACAUAUUUCAAAGUGUACUGGGUCAUUUUAAUGUCAUUUGAGAACUUAAAAAGAUUUCUGCAAUACUGAUAACUUUUUCUCAGGUAACUGAAUUGCCACAAUACAUUUUUGUCAUGGUAGUCCAGUUGUGCAUUCAUCUGGUCAAUGUUUUUCACGUCUCAUUCCUUUUUAGUAAAAAAGAAGUCUGUAAGAGAAAUUCAAGGCUGUCUCAUCCCUCUAGCUCGGUUUCUGCAGUUGCUUAGAUGAUAUUUUUUUACUUCAUGGUCUUUCUAACCAACUGAAGAAAAUGUAAUGGAGGUUGGGCUUUUGUUCACAACCUCUUGAUCUUUGAAGAAGAAUAUGAUGCUUGUUGACUGCGGUUUUUUUAUUCUAUUUUAACUCGGCUUUUGGUAUGGCAAUAUAAACCUUAGUUUACAGUUGUUUCCAGUCUAAGGUUGACUUUCACUGUGCUUACUUUGGUAUGUUUUUAGAGUUAAGAGUUCAGGCAAAAAUUCCAGUUCACUUUUCAUUAACAGAAAGU